UGUCAAUAUCAAACAAAGCCUCAACCUGGGGACCUGAUUGAGAUAUUCCGGGGGACCUAUCAGCACUGGGCCUUGUAUGUUGGAGAAGGCUACAUCGUCCACCUCUGUCCCCCCACUGAGGCAGCUGGGGCUGGUGCCUUUAGCCUAGUGUCUGUGUUGUGUGACACAGCCGUUGUGACCAAGGAAAGCCUGGAGGAGAUAGUGGGGAAGGACAGGUUCCUUGUCAACAACCUGCUGGAUGGCAAACACAAACCCCGGAGUGUUUAUGACAUACUGAGGGAUGCCCGCAGCCUGCUGGGCCUGGAGAUGCCUUACUGCAUCCUGAGGGGAAACUGUGAACACUUUGUCACAGAGCUGAGAUAUGGGAAGGGAGAGUCCCGGCAGGUGUGUGUGCUGACAAUCAUGAUAUCCUUCUAA